CUACUAACUUGUCAUAGCUGGAAAGUGCAUUGUUGUUGGAAAAGAGAUGGAGAAAGCGGUGAGAGCUUACGCAGAGGUUCUGAGACUUGUAAGGCGUUUACCAAAGGAUUCAAGGGGUUAUUACGCCAAAUACGCACGCGAGAACUUCGUCAAUUACCGUGAGGUCGAUCCUUCUGAUUCCACAACUCUCCAUGAUCUCUUUCAACGUACCUACAAUCAUUCCAUAUGGGUCCUCCAUAAGUAUUCGGUUGAUGAAUCUGCCGCCGAUAAGCUGAAGGUGAUAUGCUGCGAGUAGUGUCGUGCCGCCCAACUGUUUGUUGUUUUUCCCCACUCAACGCUUUUCUAAUAAUUUGCAGUUGGAUUAAUAUUUUGUUGAAGAGUUAUAAGAUUCUAUUUAUUUAUUUAUGAUGAUAUAUCAUGUAACUGCAAUAAACAUGUCUAAACAAAACAAAGAGUAACUAAAUUUAUCAUACAGUACUAAGGUAAUAGAUGGUGUUUCUAAAUAGAUAUGAAGUCUUACAAUUUAAUUUUAUCUUUUGCUGUUUCCAAACGGUGUAAAAUUAUGAGUUUGGAUUCCUUCAGAAAAUCUGUGGUGAAUUAGAGAAAUCUCAUCAAUUUUUUCAUAUCCGGUGUAAAAUAGGACAUAAAAUACUUUCAAAGGUAAAAUGCGAGUCUCUUGAUAUUAGUAUUA